GAGCGCCUCGAACUUGUAAUGUUGGCCAAACAGUGUAGUAUUCCAGUGGCGGUCGGAUAGUGAUAGUGUGAAAUAAGAUCGAACAGCUGAUGUGCGUAUUAACGUUUUGUUAGUUCUUCAGCUGACUUGUGUUGUAUACAUCAAUAGAACUGUCAGACAACGGAAAUGGCGUGAGCGGUUUGGGUUGAGGGCGAUCAAUAAUCUAGGUAAACGAUGUAGACGGUUUUUCAUUUUUAAGUGAAUCUAAAUUGGCGUGGUUUUUAAACCGGUGCUCAAAAGUCAUGCUGUUCCUUUUAUAGAAUUUAAUUUUUUCGAAACUAGUAAGUAACGACAUAACCUCAAAAUGCCUACUGUGAUAUCCAAGUAUCUUGAAGAUACCGCUUUAAAAUAUAAUAUAAACAAGCAGAACUGCAGCAAGGCUCUUGUAGCUGCUGCAGUAUUAAUGUACGGUUGUAAACUCAGUUACCCUUUAGUGCAAAACAUUUAUAAUAGGACUAAUAAAUUAAAUUAUUCAAAAUUCAAGUGUGGACCUAAUGAAAGCAGUCAGAGUGGACAAUCUGAUUCAGAAGAUGAAAAGUUACCGCCAACAAAUAAUAAUAUGCUGGUUCCAAAUGGGUAUGUAAAGAACGGUGAAUAUGUAGACAACAAAAGAAAAUUAAAGGCAAAGCAAAAAACGCCUGGUUUCAACAAAGAAUUCAUCAUUCAACUCUAUAAACUUGUAAGGCUCAUGAUUCCUGGUAUAUAUACUCCUGAGGUUGGCCUCUUAAUUUUACAUACUUUAGCACUUGUGACGAGAACAUUUAUGUCUAUAUAUGUGGCAACGAUGGAAGGAAGAAUGGUUAAAUUCAUCGUUAAGAAAGAUGUGCGUAGUUUCUCGUUUAUGUUACUAAAGUGGCUAGGAGUUGCGCUUCCAGCUACCUUCCUCAACUCUACCAUUCGAUAUCUAGAAAAUAAACUCGCAUUGGCAUUCAGGACUCGGCUGGUGAACCACUCGUACGCUCGGUACUUCCAGCAGCAGACCUACUAUCGGGUGAGCAACCUGGACGGUCGGAUAGAGAAUGCUGACCACCGUCUCACUGAGGAUAUCUCCGCCUUCACGUCCUCCGUGGCCCAUCUCUACUCGCAUCUCACCAAACCCCUGUUUGAUUGUGCCCUCAUCGGAUUUGCCCUCAUGAGGUCCAGCAGGGAGAUGGGUGCUGCUGUUGUACCCGGGCCACUGUUGGCGUUCGUGGUGGUAUCACUGACAGGUCAGGUGUUGCGGGUGUUGUCCCCCAAAUUUGGAGCUCUGGUAGCUGUUGACGCAGAACGCAGCGCCUACCUACGUAACAUCCAUUCCCGGGUUAUUACUAAUGCUGAGGAGAUUGCCUUUUAUGGAGGACACAAGGUGGAGCUGGGGAACCUGCGCACAGCAUAUGCGUCUAUGGUGCGCCACAAAAACCGCAUCCUCGUUCAGCGUCUGUGGUAUGUCGUCCUGGAACAAUUCCUAAUGAAAUACGUCUGGAGUGGCACAGGCAUGAUUAUGAUCUCCCUGCCCAUCAUAAUGAGCACAAUUUCUUCCAGCAAUGGCUCAGGAUCGUACGAUGAAUCGACACAUGUGAGCGAACGUACGCAGUACUUGACGACAGCCAGGAACCUCCUUGUAUCUGGGGCAGACGCGGUCGAGAGACUCAUGUCCUCGUAUAAGGAGAUAGUGGAAUUGGCCGGAUACACGUCCAGGGUGGGCCAUAUGCUGGAGGUGUUCGAGCAAGUCAGCCAAGGACAGUACCAAAAAACCACAGUGGCAGCCAAGUCUCUUGUCAGGUCACCAGGACUGCAGUUUGCCAACGGGCAAAUUGUCAUUAGAGGAGAAAUCUGUGACAGCCCUGACGGCAGUAUAGAGCUGCAAGAGGUACCGAUCGUGACACCUAACAUGGACGUGGUGGUACCCAGCCUCAGUCUACGGGUGACACCUGGCUCCCAUCUGCUCAUCACCGGACCUAAUGGUUGCGGCAAAUCCUCCCUGUUCCGGGUACUCAGUGGUCUCUGGCCGGUCUACGCAGGCAGACUCAUCAGGCCACUGCACUGCACAAUGUUCUACGUUCCACAGAGGCCCUACAUGACCCUGGGCAGUUUGAGAGAGCAGGUGAUCUACCCCGAGACACUAGGGGAGUGGAGGAUCAAGGGUGUGUCAGACGCAAUGCUAGAGGCUUGUCUCGAGAAGGUGUCCCUCGCACACCUCGUGGUCCGGGAAGGAGGCUGGGACUCGGUAGCUGACUGGAAAGAUGUCCUCUCUGGAGGGGAAAAACAGAGAAUGGCCCUAGCAAGGCUUUUCUACCACAAGCCUGCAUUCGCUCUGCUGGACGAAUGCACAAGUGCAGUCAGUAUCGACGUUGAGUGCAGCAUCUACCAGACAGCCAAGGAUCUCGGCAUCACUCUGCUCACCAUCACUCACAGGCCUAGUCUCUGGAAAUUCCAUUCUCAAAUCCUGCAAUUUGAUGGAGACGGCAAAUGGUCAUUAUCAACGUUGACACAGCAGGAGAAAGACACUGGUGUUCUUAGAGAGGCUGUGGCAAAGAGCUGAGUUACAUGAAUCUUCAAGUCUUGUCCUAUUUAUGAUCAAAAAUGUAUACAAUUAUGACAAUUACUGUAAACAUUUUCAUAAUAAUGUUAGCUUUAGUGAAUCUCAGAUUAAAUCUGUACAACCCAA